UGCCCUCCACACUUCUCCAUAUCUUUAUUUACAAUUUUCCACUACUUACUUUCUUCAAUGGCAUCCAUAACAAAUAUCCAAGAAAUAUCCAAAAAUGACAUAGAAAAACAAUCCAACAUGGAAAUAGAACAAAAUCUUGAGGUUGAAAUAGUUGAUUACUCAAAAAGAGCACAAUGGCUUAGGGCAGCAGUAUUAGGUGCAAACGAUGGAUUACUCUCAACAUCAUCUUUAAUGAUGGGAAUAGGAGCAAUUCAUCAAGAUUCAAAGUCCAUGAUCCUCACCGGAAUGGCGGGGCUCGUGGCAGGAGCAUGUAGCAUGGCCAUAGGUGAAUUUGUGUCUGUUUAUUCGCAAUAUGACAUAGAAAUGUCACAAAUUAAAAGAGAAAACGAGAUAGAAUCAUUAGAAGAAAAGAAGAAGAAGUUACCUAGUCCGUUACAAGCAGCGGGUGCAUCUGCUUUAGCAUUUGCUAUAGGUGCAACUGUGCCUUUAUUAGGUGCUGUUUUUGUGAAGGAUUAUUAUGUGAGGUUAGGGGUUGUGGUGGGUGCAGUUAGCUUAGCACUUUUAGGGUUUGGAGGGUUAAGUGCAUACUUAGGGAAAGCACCAUUGGUUAAGUCUUCAUUAAGAGUGUUGAUUGGUGGAUGGUUGGCUAUGGGAAUUACUUUUGGAUUGACUAAAUUAGUUGGUGUUACUGGACUCUAUGGUUAAUUAAAUUAAAAUAUAUAUAUGAGACUUUCAUAUAUAAAUUACUUUUACAUUGAAAUAAAUUAAAGGCCAUGUCCCAGUACGUGCCUUGUUAUAAUGAUUACAUGUAUCUUUGAGUGGGGAUUUUUAGUUAAUUUGAUAAUGUAAUGAAAGAAUCCGUUUGUUGUGCUUUUUUUUCCCCAUAGUGCUAGUGUUGCAAUCUGUCUUUAGAUUCUGCCAAUCCCUUCCUUUUAU